AUGGAGGUGGUGGUGGUGGUGGCUGUAGCAGUGGCAGUGAUGGUGGUGAUGUUGGCAGUGGCUGUGGUAGUGGUGACAGUAGGGCUGAUAGUGGGGGUGGUAGUGGUGAAGGUGGGAGUAAGGGUGGUGCAGGUGGCAGUGAUGGUGAUGGUGCUGGCAAUGGUGGUGGUGACGGUGGGGGUGAUGGUGGGGUUGGUAGUAGAGGUGGCGAUGGGUGGUGGUGGCGGCGAUGACAAUGAUGACUGUGGUGAUGUGGCGGCAGCGGCUAUGGUGAUAGUCAUGAUAAGAUGGUGGUAG